GGAGGAGGGAAAUCGUCCGCCGCGUCACUCCAGCGAGAGCCCAGCCUUCGGGAACCGAUUCGAACCGAAUCCAAGUCAUCCCAUCGACCACUGCUACCACCACUACUUCUCUACUUUUCCUAACUACAUCACUUCCUUUCCCCCAAGUCUCCAUCGUCCGUUGCUGCUUCUUGCAUCACACAGACACACUUCGAAUAUACCCUUCACCACGACGACCAUGUUGACCCGAUCGACCGUCACCACCACCACCAGGCUCAGCGCCGUCGCGACUCGGUCCGUUCGGGCCGCUAGCUUUUGGAGCCAGGUCCCGCAGGGACCUGCCGACCCUAUUCUUGGUGUGAGCGAGGCUUUCAAGGCCGACAAGAGCUCCAAAAAGAUCAACCUCGGAGUCGGUGCCUACCGAGAUGGCAACGGCAAGCCUUACGUCCUCCCCUCGGUCCUCGAGGCUGAGAAGCGUCUCUUCGAAGGAUCCUUGGACAAGGAGUACCUCCCCAUCACCGGGUUGGGAGACUUUACCAAGCUGAGCGCCGAGUUGGCUUACGGCAAGGACAGCAAGCCCAUCAAGGAAGGAAGGGUUGCCGUCGCCCAGUCCAUCUCGGGAACCGGUGCCCUCCGAAUCGGAACCGCUUUCCUCGCCCGAUUCUACCCCCACGCCAAGGCCAUCUACCUUCCUUCCCCGUCAUGGGGUAACCACACUCCGAUCGCCAAGGACUCGGGUUUGGAGGUCAAGCAGUACACCUACUUUGACAAGAAGACCGUCGGGCUCAACUUUGAGGGCAUGAAGAAGGACAUCCAGAACGCUCCUAACAACUCGAUCAUCCUCUUGCACGCUUGCGCGCACAACCCUACCGGUAUUGACCCUACUCACGAGCAAUGGAAGGAGCUCAGCAACAUCUUCAAGGAGAAGGGUCACUUCCCUUUCUUUGACAUGGCCUACCAAGGUUUCGCCUCGGGAGACAUCGACUACGACGCCUUUGCCCUCCGACACUUCGUCUCCGAGGGUCACCAGCCCAUCUUGACCCAGUCGUUCGCCAAGAACAUGGGUCUCUACGGAGAGCGAGCCGGUGCCUUUAGCAUCGUCUGCAACUCGGCCGAGGAGAAGGCCAAGGUCGACUCGCAGAUCAAGAUCUUGAUCAGGCCCCUUUACUCGAACCCUCCCGUCCACGGCGCUCGAUUGGUCUCUGCCAUCUUGGGUGACGAGCAGUUGCGAGCACAGUGGUUGACCGAGGUCAAGGGUAUGGCCGACAGGAUCAUUGACAUGAGGCAUGGUCUCCAGAGCAUGCUCGAGGACAUGAACACCCCCGGAAGUUGGAAGCACAUCUCCAAUCAGAUCGGAAUGUUCAGUUUCACCGGUCUCAAGGCCGAGGCCGUCGACGCCCUCGCCGCUAAGGCUUCGAUCUACAUGACCCGUGACGGACGAAUCUCGAUGGCCGGUCUCAACAAGAACAACCUCGAGUACUUUGCCGAGAACGUCUCCAAGGCCGUCAAGGGAGAGUUGGGCGACUCGACCCACGGCGCUCCUACCAAGCCUCCCAAGGGAUCCGCUCCCGAGCCCGCCCAGGGCGCCAACUAGGCCGUGUACACAAAGGUUGUCGGGAGACGGGAUAGAAUAGCAUUUACAAAAGGUAUAGCAAGAUGGGUUUUGUAGGAAGGCAAGAAUUUACGUACCAUCAUAGGAGAUAGAUCGAUAUUUCAUGGCCCUUAGGAUUGGU